AUGGCUCGACGUCCGCUUAUUGAAGAAGGCAAAUCGUUAGUUAGAAACGCGCUAGAUCAGGCCAACUCGCACAACGUCUUCCUGGAGAAGAAAGCUAUGUGGGCGCUCAAGGCCGACGAGGAGGAGAACGAGCAAAAGCGGCGACACUUGAAGCGAGAGUCCAGCAGGAGUCAACAAUCUGUUGAGGAGAGUCGGAAACGCCAUCGUAGACACGAAUCGGAGGCAAUGAGAGAACACCGGUCAAAUGAAGAGGACUUUUGGGAAGCAGAAAGAGCUAAACAUGCUCGAGAAAAAGAGCGACAUGCAGGGCGGAUGCUUCGACGAGAAAAACAAAUGCAAGUUCUUCGAGAAGUGGUGGCCAUGCCAAGUUCCCUCGACCAGGCGAAUUUCUUGUGGAGUGAUGAUGAAGGGGAUUCGCCUGUUAUUGCACAACGUGAAAAGAAGAAAAAGAAAAAGAAGUCGAAGCAUCACAAGACUUGA